AUGGUAACAAGUAUUAUAAAAUGAUUUAUUUAUUAUAAAAGUAUUACAUUUUAUUGUUUAGCAAACCAUUCAUAUUAAAAUGUAAACACUGUAGUACACAUUUUUAUUCCUAUUGAACAUAUUAGCUGUAUAAUAAGUGAUAUAAAAAUUGUGUGUUUUUAUAUACAGUAGAGCAUCGAUUAUCCAACUCAAUUGGGGACUCAGGUUGUUCGGAUAACUGAAAAAAUCAGAUAACCGAAAAAAAUGAAAAAAUACAUUAUUAAUCUUAUAUAUAAAAUUCUCCUGUCACAAUGUUAGUUACCUUACUCUUCCGAAACGGCUUUACCGAUUUUUACCAAAUUUUAUAUGCAUAUUCAGUAGGUCUGAGAAUCGGCUACUAUCUAUUUUUCAUACCCCUAAGUGAUAACGGUUGUUCACCCUUAACAUUUUUUUUAAACUAAUGAAUGACGAACAAAGAACCAUUUAUGACCGCAUUAUGCUCGCAGUUUCAGCAGGACAAGGUGGGUUCUUCUUUUUGGAUGCACCGGGUGGAACUGGCAAAACAUUCCUUAUUUCGCUAAUUCUUGCUGAAAUACGAUCAAAUAAUGGCAUCGCAUUGGCCGUUGCAUCAUCGGGCAUUGCGGCAACUUUAUUGGAUGGAGGCAGAACAGCUCAUUCAGUAUUUAAGCUGCCACUAAAUAUUCAAAAUAACCCUGACGCAGUAUGCAACAUUAAAAAACAAUCGUCCAUGGCCACCGUGCUGAUACAGUGUAAAAUUAUCAUCUGGGAUGAAUGUACUAUGGCACACAAACAUUCGCUUGAGGCGUUGAACAGGACAUUGAAAGAUAUUAAAAACAACGACAAACUAUUUGGUGGCACUCUGUUGGUCCUUUCAGGAGAUUUCAGACAAACACUUCCCGUCAUUCCACGUUCAACAUACGCUGAUGAGAUCAACGCUUGCUUAAAAUCAUCUCCAUUGUGGCGUAAUGUUGAAAAAGUACAGCUGAAAGUAAAUAUGCGCGUUCAAAUGCUUCAAGAUCCAUCCGCUGAAACAUUCUCAAAACAACUCUUAAAUAUCGGUGAUGGAAAAGUUGCUAUAGAUGAAACUGGAUACGUAAAAUUACCGACCGAUUUCUGCACAAUCGCUGAUUCGCAAGAUACUCUCAUUGAACAAAUAUUUCCCGAUGUACACACACAGUACAUAAAUCAUGAGUGGCUUGCAGAAAGAGCAAUUUUAGCGGCAAAAAAUGUAGACGUUGACAAUUUAAAUCUGAAGAUACAACAGUUGUUGCCAGGGAACUUGGUAUCAUACAAAUCUAUUGAUACAGUUUGCGAUGCCAGCGAAGCUGUAAAUUUUCCCACAGAGUUUUUGAACUCACUGGAUUUGCCAGGCAUGCCACCGCAUAAUUUACAAUUGAAGGUUGGAUCUCCGAUUAUCUUGCUUCGUAAUUUGAACCCGCCACGGCUGUGCAACGGUACGCGAUUAGUCAUUCAAAAAUUAAUGAAAAACGUUAUCGAAGCCAGCAUUUUAAAUGGCAAGUUCCGAGGUGAAAAUAUAUUAAUACCACGGAUUCCUAUUAUACCUACAGAUGUGCCAAUUCAAUUCAAACGUAUUCAGUUUCCGAUUAGAUUGGCAUUUGCAAUGACUAUCAACAAAUCCCAAGGCCAAACGAUGUCUAUUUGUGGCUUAGAUUUGAGCACACCAUGUUUUUCACACGGACAAUUAUACGUGGCAUGCUCUCGAGUGGGUAAACCAUCCAGUUUGUUUGUGUUAGCUAAAGAUGGGCUAACAAAAAAUAUUGUUCACGCUAUAGCAUUAAGAAAUUGAUAUUGUUUGUUAGUGUUACUGUCGUAAUUGAUUAAUGAUAUAUAAUUUUAAGGAAUAAAUUAUAAUAACUUAAAAAUAAUAAUGUUUGGCAUUUGUUAUUUUUAUAUUCCCUCAUCGUUCACAGCGCUCCAUGCCUAUUUCACGCAUAUACCACAUCCUUACACACUUACAAUAAGUUAGUUAUUUUUUGUCUACACUAGAAAUUACCUAGAAAUAAUUUAUAUGGCAAAACAACGUUUGCCGGGUCAGCUAGUAUAGUAUAUUAGGAUAUCCCAUGUAAUUAGUAUAUCACUAUUGUGAGAGUAGCCGGGGUUACGUAGUAAGUAGUACUCUUGUAACACUUAAUCGGCACAGAUUAACCGAAAUCUGUCUCCAAAGUUUCGAAUCGAGGGAUCCGAUCUUAAAAGUUCAUAGGAGAGCGAUAACCGCUAGUAGAUCUGAACUGUGAAGUCCAGAUGUUCGUCAGGGCUGACACCAGUUUGUCAAUUAUGUUCCGCGGACAAACACGCGAGUGAGAUCCGAUUCGGAGUCAAAUUAAGAGACAUUUUAAUUUAAAACGAAAUAAUAAAUUUAAUAAAACAAAGAAAAUAAACUCAUACAAAAAUAUCAAUGGACGAGAGAUAGAACUACUACAAAUCAUAUACAAAUCGAAAGAUAUCUAUACUUAUACUAUCCAAUGCGCGAUCGAGAGAGAGAGCUCACAAAAUCGUUAUAAAACAUACAACCUGUUCUAGUUGUCGUUCGUCUUCUUCUCUGUAGGCAAAGGACACUUGAAAAUAAAGUUCAUUUACUUCUUUUUAUGGGAGAUCAAUAUGUGCACAACAUCAAAGUAUAAUUUCUACGUGCCGACUCUGGACUUAUUCUAAGUGACUCGACUAAGGGCGUUGGUCAUCAGGAGGAAAAUGUGUGGAGUUUGGACGCUUCCAGAUCUGUCGCUGAACUCCUCGAAUUUGGACAAAUUUCCCCUAUAUCUCAGGAUUUAUGACCAAUCAUCUGCUAGAAACUCGUUCAUGUGAACGGAUGAAAGGGGAAUCAAAGAGGGGUAGAUAGUUCCCAUCUGAGUGAGAUUUUUAGCGGAUAAGGGAAAAACAGAGGAUGUACGGACUUUCCUCAAAGGAAGUAACAUCUGCUAUCUAUCUUUCCCACAUCCAAAACAUUAGUUUUCUCACAAAAAUGAAGUAAUAUUUGGUGACAAUAUUUUAACAUUAUUAAUAAAAAUUAUAAA